UACGUCACACGCGAUUUCAGGCCCGGUGGCUUUGUUAAGCUCGUGCUCCAGCGUCUCUGUCAAACCUCGUUCACCGAUCUAACCCUCUCGAGACCCGGAACGACAGGGUUGUACAAACGCAGAAACGUGUCAUAUCUGUUGCUUUUGCAGUCCACAACCAACAGCUCUGAAUUGACCUUAAAUAUGUCUACUAUCAUCUACCGUCAAACAGAUCAGGUUAUAAUGCACGAUCAGCACAGAAAAGGUUUGAGUCUAUAGCCAACGGGACACGCGAGGACUUGAUUGCAGUCACUCUAAGCCUGAGAGUUUGAGUCACCUCUGACCCCCUGCCGUGCCCUCUGGUUGCCUGGCUUUGCCUUUUCAAUCCACUUCGCAGUGAAGGAAGACCUAGGCUCCCAUUUUUGGUUCUACUUCACUCGUGCCUUUUUACGGCUUUCCCAAGUAAACUAUCUCCCAGACGUACGUCAUUCGGUAUUAGGCUUAAUUUCCAAAAUGAUUCCCAACGGAUAUUUGAUCUUUGAGGAUGAAAGUUUCCUGGAUUCCACUGUGGCCAAGAUGAACGCCCUUAGAAAGAACGGCCAGUUCUGUGAUGUGAGACUUCAGGUGUGUGGCCAUGAAUUGAUGGCUCAUCGGGCAGUGUUGGCUUGUUGCAGUCCAUAUCUGUUUGAAAUCUUUAACGGUGACCUGGAACCUCAUGGUAUCUCUCAUGUGAAAUUUGAGGAUCUGGACCCCAAGGCUGUGGAGAUCCUCCUCAACUAUGCUUACACUGCCCAGUUAAAGGCAGAUAAAGAGCUGGUUAAGGAGGUUUACUCUGCAGCCAAACGGCUCAAGAUGGACAGAGUGAAGCAGAUCUGUGCUGACUAUCUUCUCUCCAAGAUGGAUUCCCAGAGCGCCAUCUCCUAUCGUAAUUUUGCCAGCUGCAUGGGAGAUGGGCGCCUGCUGGGCAAGAUCGACAGCUAUAUCCAGGAGCAUCUUCUAGACGUGUCUGAGCAAGAGGAUUUCCUCAAGCUGCCACGCCUUAAGUUGGAGGUGAUGCUGGAGGAUAACUUGACCUUGCCUAGUAAUGGCAAGCUGUACUCCAAGGUGAUUGGCUGGGUGCAACGCAGCCUGUGGGAAAAUGGUGAACCCCUGGAGCGACUGAUGGAGGAGGUGCAAAUGGUGUACUAUUCGGCCAAUCACAAGCUGCUCGAUGGGAGCCUGCUUGAUGGGCAGGCUGAAGAGUUCGGCACUGAGGAUGACCACAUCCAGUUUGUGCAGAAGAAGCCCCCACGUGAGAAUGUACACCGACAGCUGAGCACCAGCUCCUCUGGCAGUCUCUCCCCUGGAUCCGCCAAACAUUCCUGCAAGCAAGACUGGAAGUAUAUUGCUUCCGAGAAAACCACCAACAAUACAUAUCUGUGUCUGGCUGUGUUGAAUGGAGUGCUGUGUGUGAUCAUUCUCCAUGGGCGCAGCAGUCCCCAGGCCUCACCCUCGGCAACACCUUGUCUGACCAAAAGCCUGAGUUUUGAGGGCCAGCCACUGGAAGAGGAACCGGACAAGCUGCUGGCACCCAUGCACUAUGCUCGCUCUGGCCUUGGCAUUGCUUCUCUGAACGGCCGACUCAUCGCCGCAGGUGGCUACAAUCGGGAGGAGUGCUUGAGGACUGUGGAAUGUUACGACAUGAAGACCGACAGCUGGAGUUUCAUUGCUCCAAUGAGGACUCCACGCGCUCGAUUUCAGAUGGCCGUGCUCAUGGGUCAGCUUUAUGUGAUGGGUGGGUCCAAUGGCCAUUCAGAUGAACUAAGUUGUGGGGAGACGUACAACCCUAGUGCUGACGAGUGGACUCAAGUUCCUGAGCUCAGGACCAAUCGUUGCAAUGCAGGUGUCUGCGCUCUGAACAACAAGUUGUAUGUAGUUGGGGGAUCAGAUCCAUGUGGACAGAAAGGUCUGAAGAAUUGUGACGUUUUUGACCCUGUGAGCAAGGCCUGGACCAGCUGUGCCCCUUUAAACAUCAAGAGGCAUCAGGCUGCUGUGUGCGAGCUGGAUGGCUUUAUGUAUGUGAUCGGUGGAGCAGAGUCUUGGAACUGUCUGAACAGUGUAGAAUGCUACAAUCCAGAAAACAACAUUUGGACCCUUGUUGCCCCAAUGAACAUAGCCCGCAGAGGAGCUGGAGUGGCCGUCCAUGAAGGUAAGCGAAGGACAAAAUGCUGGGAUGCUAACAUGCAGCUUGUAGAAGAAGCUAACCAAUGUUCGUCUUUCUCAGGUAAACUGUUUGUGGUGGGUGGCUUUGAUGGCUCUCAUGCCCUGCAUUGCGUUGAAAUGUACGACCCUGCCCACAACGAAUGGAGGAUGCUGGGGAGCAUGAAUUCACCACGCAGCAAUGCUGGUGCAGCCGUGCUCGGUGACAUCAUCUAUGCCGUUGGUGGUUUCGAUGGAAACGACUUCCUCAACUCAGUUGAGGCCUACAGCCCUAAAACCGACGAGUGGAGCCCCUGUGCAGAUGCCUUCACCAAUUCUUAAAAGCCAGGGGCCAGGGAACCAAUGGGGGUGGGGGGUUAUCUCACUCAAACUAACAGGCUUAGUGACGUAAUCGUGCUUUGUGAUGUCCUGUAUGUAUGCGGGAGGGAGGACGGGUGGGUUUUUGAGGCAUCAAGGGGUAGGUUCUUCUUUACAGGGGUCACCCAUGAGGAUGACUUUUCUUACAGUGUUUGGGAGGAGGUGGGUGGGGGUGGUCUGUUGGGGGUUGUCAAAAGCAACAUUAAGCCUUUGCAUAUUGCAUACUUUAUUUUUGUUGUUGUAUAUAGUGUUUCUUUUUUCCAUUUUAAGGAUGCCAACAUUUAUUGUACUUACUGAGGGUACUUUUUUGAGUUGAGUAGUUUUGAAUUUCACCAUUUUCAGCAAGUUGAAGACCGCAUUGAUUGGUUGAACCCAUUAAGGAAGUGAUUCAGCUUGAAUGUUUGCUUUAUAGGUUUAUUUUUAAUAUUGUUAGCUCACUUAAUUUGAAGUUCCAUGCUUAUACAAAGCCUUAUUUUACAAAACAUUCAAACACAUGGCUUUCCUUUUUGUAUCAUUAGCCAUGACAGUAGGAUUACUGUACCAAUCUUUAAAGAUGGCCUUUUUUUAAUAUUUUUGAUAUACUGUAAAGUAACCAAUAGAUCAAUGGAUGAGCUAGCAGACACACAACACCCAUGAGGUUAAUCAACUUUAAUCGGUGCCAGUUUAGCUACACUCACAUGAAUAUAAUCGGCCAUGCUUUAGUGCUUCUGCUCAUUAGAUCUUGUUACAAAUUUUUUUUUGUUUUUUGACCGAUUCAAGGAAGCGAGGUGAUGCUCAUUUCCUUCUCAGACCAUUUUAUUUUUCAUGUGCUUAGCAUUUGGAAGCAAAAAAAUUAAAAUUUGGCUCCAUGGUUUUGUUUUUCUCAAAUUUAAUAGGGGGAGGAAAUUAUGUACUACAUUUCUUAUGAGCUGAUAUUUAGUAAUUAAUAAACCAUUUGAAUCUGUAAAAGUA